AUGAGCCUCUCCAAGCUCGCAGAGUUCGGCACUCGACAUGUGGCCAGAGGUAUUGGACGACUGGCCACCGAGGUCAUUGAGAGCGGCAGCGGGAGCUACGUGACCAUGGCCAGCGGGCGCAAGAUGCUCGAUUUCACCUGUGGCAUCGGUGUCGCCAAUCUAGGUCACUGCCAUCCCGCCGUCACGAAGGCCGCUCAGGCUCAGGUCGGCAAGAUGGUCCACGCACAGGUAAACAUUGCUUUCCAACGGCCGUAUCUCGAGCUUAUCCAGUCGCUCAUUCCGCUCAUGCCACACAAAUCCCUCGACACGUUCUUCUUCUGGAACUCCGGGUCAGAGGCUGUCGAGGCCGCCGUCAAACUCGCGAGACACGCGACCAAGAAACAAAACAUCAUCGUCAUGCAGGGCUCGUACCACGGCCGGACGUUCGGCACCAUGGCCAUGACUCGGUCCAAGACGAUCUACGGCGAAAACUACGCACCGCUGAUGCCGGGAGUGUUUGCCACGCCGUUCCCCUACUGCGCUCAAUGCUCCAUCGCAUCCCGCUGCGACGGCAAAUACAGCGCCGAAAACUGCUGCAUGGACCCCGUCGACCAACUGGAGCUGCUCCUCAAGCGUGAGACCGCGCCGUCAGACACGGCGGCCAUCGUCAUCGAGCCAGUGCUCGGUGAAGGCGGCUACGUGCCCGUGGUGCCCGAGUACCUGAAGCGAGUGCGCGAGAUCUGCGACAAGAACAACAUCCUGCUCGUGGUCGACGAGGUGCAAUCUGGCUUCGGCCGGACCGGCAAGAUGUUUGCCAUCGAGCACUACGGCGUGCGGCCCGACAUCCUCGUCAUGGCCAAGGGCAUCGCGAACGGGUUCCCCCUGUCCGGCAUCGUGUCGAGAAAGGAGCUCAUGGACACGCAGAAGCCCGGGUCCAUGGGCGGCACGUACGCCGGCAACGCCGUGUCGUGCGCGGCCGGCAUCGCCGUGGCCCAGGCUUUCAAGGACGAGAAGAUCCUGGACAACGUCGCCGUCCGCGGUGAAGAGAUGGUGGGCAUGCUGCGGCAGGCCAAGGCAGACUUUCCGGACUUGGUCUACGACGUCCGAGGCCUGGGGUUGAUGCUCGCGUGCGAAUUCGUCGGCGGAAAGGGCUACGCCUCCAAGGUCCAGGCAAAGUGCAUGGAGAAGGACCUGCUGAUCCUGACCACGUCCAUCUACGACACGCUACGCUUCAUCCCCCCGCUCAACAUCUCGAAGGAAGACAUGGCGAAGGGGUUGAGCAUCAUCCGAGCUGCGAUCGAAGAGGUUGCUGCUGAAGAGUAG